AUGGGAUUCCUGUUGUCCAAUCUCUUGGGCGAUCCAUUCGCCAUCAGUACAGUAUCGUUCGGCAUGAUCGCAUGGAUCAUAUCGCUUGCCGGUGCUGCUGCCAACCCAUCCGCCACAUAUUUGCGGUUCACAUGGUGGGGCUUGGUUUAUGAGUUGAUGUUGAUCUUGAUCAUCCUAGUGUUGUACUUAUACAACACCAUCGAGCUCUACAAAUUCACUCUUGUGGGGCUCUUGGCGGUCGCUACUGUCUACACUACUAACUCAGUAAACACACUCAUAUACAACUCCAACAAUGCGGGAAACUUGUGUUGUGCAGCCGGUUGCAUCUUGCUCUCAAUGUUGAACAUCUUGUGGAUGGUUUACUUCGGUGGUCACCCAGAGUCGCCAACAAACCAGUUCAUCGACUCGUUCUCAGUGAAGGCAUCCCCAUUCACUCACGGCCAGAUUCCUAGCUCGGCUAAUAAGAUGGAGGAUAGUGACUUCGUUUCAGGUGCCAGACCUGCCUUCAACUCGUACCUGAACAACGAAUCCAGACACUCGCAACUCACGGCAAACGCAAACAACAACAUGAACGGAAACAACAAAUCAAAUUACAUGUUGUCGUCACAAUUGAAUGGUUUGGAGAACUUCUCCAGCUCGCACAUUAAUGACAACGCUCGCAAUACCUUCUACAAAGCUGAACCGGCAAAUGAAGACUUCAAUUUGCCUGCUACAACUUACAGAUACAAGGCCAAAGCUUUGUAUAACUACGAGGCAAAUCCUGAAGAUAUCAAUGAAAUUUCGUUUCAAAAGGACGAAAUUUUGGAAGUCGAUGAUAUUGACGGAAAGUGGUGGCAGGCCAAGAGGUCCAACGGCCAGGUGGGUAUCUGUCCCUCCAAUUAUGUCAAACUCAUGGACUAA